AUGGUGGAGUACUAUGAAGCCCUGGGCAUUCCCCGCAGCGCCUCCUCUGACGACAUAAAAAAGGCGUACAGGAAGGCGGCGCUGAAAUGGCACCCGGAUAAGAACCCGGAGAACAAGGAACACGCCGAGCGGAAGUUCAAAGAGAUCGCGGAGGCCUACGAAGUGCUGUCGGACAAGAGCAAGCGCGACCUCUACGACCGCUACGGCAAGGACGGGCUUACGGGGACCGGGACCGGGGAUCCCCGGGGUGGUGCCGGAGCUCCGGGCUUCACCUUCACCUUCCGCGGUGCGGACGAGGUCUUCAGAGAGUUCUUUGGGGGACGAGAUCCUUUCGCCGACUUCUUUGAUGACGUGGGCCUGUUCUCAGAUCUGCAUGCCGGAGGCCCGCGGGGCCACGGACGGGGGGGCCCCUCUGUUGCCUACUCCUUCUGCUCCUACGCCUUCCCGGAGCAGUCAGAUUUCUUCUCCUCGUCCUUCAGCCCCGGCACCGACCCCGGAAUCGGCUUCCGCUCGGUUUCCACCUCCACCACCUUCGUCAACGGCAAACGCAUCACCACGAAGAGGAUCAUCGAGAACGGCCAGGAGCGGGUGGAAAUCGAGGAGGACGGAGAACUGAAAGCGACAGAGGUGAAUGGUGAGGAGAAGAGCUGCUGGGUCUCUGGCUGGGGGUUGCGCAGGGCCGACGUAGCCAAAAAUGUGGAGCCUCAGGUGGGGCUGCACCGCCAGGAACAGCACGACAUCCUGAGCUCUGCGUCUGACUCCCCCACCCUGCAGCACCCCCAGAGCACGGCCUCCUCCUACGUGCUCCCCGAAGAGGAGGACAAAGAUCUGCACCGGGCCAUGGCCUACAGCCUGUCAGAGCUGGAGGACGUGGGGCAGCACCGAGCGGACGCCCGCGGCUCCAAGAAGAGACGGGGCAGCUCGCGGCGGGCCCGCAAGGGGGCCAGCGAGGAGGCGGGCGCUGCCCUGGCGCCUCAGAGCAGGACCAAGGGAGCAGAGAGCCCUGGCGGAGGAGACAACGCGAAGGAGGGGGAGGAGAGGACGGCCGAGGUGCAGAAAGUGGGGAGCAAUCCAGGAGCUGCGGGGGGUGGGUUGGUGCCGGAGGAGAGCGAGUUCACGCUCAGCGACCUCAAGUCAGCGCUUGCUGAGAUCGAGUCUGCUCCUGACGACAUGGAGUCGGUCGUGUGUGUCCUCCUGUGA